ACCAUUUAACUACAAUUCCCACAACACACUGGGGCAUUUACGGCUCUGUACGUGCUCCCGUAGCAUAGAAGACAUCGAACUGUGCCAUCACGCAGCCGGGGUCGGCGACAGUGAGAGGGUGAUUCAGGAUGGUGGACCAGCCUCUGUGGGAGCAGAUAGGAUCCAGCUUCGUGCAACACUACUACCAGAUGUUUGACUCUGAUAGAUCGCAGCUCGGAUCCAUAUAUAUUGACUCGUCAUGCCUUACAUGGGAAGGAGAGCCGUACCAGGGGAAAUUAGCAAUUGUCGAAAAACUCACUAGUCUUCCCUUCACAAAAAUAGCGCAUAGUAUAACAGCGCAGGAUCACCAGCCGACCCCAGACAACUGCAUCUUGAGUAUGGUCGUAGGACAGCUAAAAGCAGAUGAAGACCAGAUCAUAGGUUUCCAUCAGAGUUUCAUCCUGAAGAACAUUAAUGAUGCUUGGGUGUGCACCAAUGACAUGUUCAGGCUGGCCAUUCACAACUUUGGUUAAUCGGCCGCUCCGCGCUGGCGGACAGGGGCGGUCGUAGUGAAGGGCUGAGAUGAAGUACGGAGGUCAGGAGCUUGGCAGAGGAGCGAGCGCUCACCCCCACCUCCUGCUGUGCCCAUUUGACAACACCUGACCGUAGAUGUAAACCGGCGAAUCUCGCCCCGGUGGGGUUUCCAGCCAGCCCAGCUUAUAGAACUGCGACUUGUUUCUUUGCCAAGAGCUGGCCGACAACGUGAGACGCCCCUGUCUGCCACUCCGCUGACCUGCAUGAUGCUGGAAGCCCUUCGUUACAGUAUCUACACUCAAGCCACCUGAAGGACAAACAGCUGAUCAAUGCCAUUAACUCGUGCUCUGCUCUCCGCUCUUUUCAUCCUAAUCCAUUCUGCUCCACUGUCGGCUGCACUGUCGACUCCGUUCUGUUAGCACUGUUGUUGACUGGUUUGUUGAUCCAUGUUCAGGUUCAGAGUGAGCUACUUCAGUUCUCACUUACUGUGCUGUAUUUUUUUUAUUUUAUUUUAGACGCCACUCAUGUGUUUACUUUAGUUUGAAUUAGAGUUUCAGGUUUCAUCUUCCUCUGUACAAUAAUUAUCCCAAUCAUGAUUCUUUCUGCCAAGUUUUGUUCAUACAAACCAAAAAGGAAAUGGAGAAUGAAGGUUGACCUCACUCUGUUCUCUGAUCUUUUCUCUCUUUCAUACACGUCUGGCAGUUAACAUGGACUACAGCCACGAAACAAUAAAAUCUAGACUUUUUUUCUUAAA